CUUAAUUCGCCCAUGUCUGAAGUAGACGAUAUCCUUUGAAAAUGUCUAAAGAUUCCGUUUUUAAGACAGAGGUAGAUUUCUGCCCAGACUGUGGAACAAUUUUACCCCUGCCGGGCGAUGCAGACGUCGUCUCUUGUAAGAAGUGUGGGUUUCAAAUUGAUAUUAAGGAGUUUGAUGGUAUUGAGGUGCACUCUAAAAUCGUGUUUAACAGCCCGGAUCUGAAGGCUGAGAGUGAAGAAGGGACGGAUGAAGUCACAGGACCGCUGGUGGACCGUGCAUGUUCCAAAUGUGGCCAUGAGGGUAUGACUUUUACUACCCGACAAACAAGGUCAGCUGAUGAAGGUCAGACAGUCUUCUACACAUGUCCAGAGUGCAAAUUUCAAGAGUCAGAGUUUUCCUAGUGCCACAAUUCACUGGUAGACUCACAUGAAGGCGAGUUGUACGUUACAGAGUUUUCCUAGCUAUACAUGUCACUUGUAGACUCACAUGAAGGCAAGUUGUAUGUUACAGAGUUUUCCUAGCUAUACAUGUCACUUGUAGACUCACAUGAAGGCGAGUUGUACAUUACAGAGUUUUCCUAGCUAUACAUGUCACUUGUAGACUCACAUGAAGGCGAGUUGUACGUUACAGAGUUUUCCUAGCUAUACAUGUCACUUGUAGACUCACAUGAAGGCGAGUUGUAUGUUACAGAGUUUUUCUAGCUAUAAAUGUCACUUGUAGACUCACAUGAAGGCGAGUUGUAUGUUACAGAGUUUUUCUAGCUAUAAAUGUCACUUGUAGACUCACAUGAAGGCGAGUUGUAUGUUACAGAGUUUUCCUAGCUAUACAUAUCACUUGUAGACUCACAUGAAGGCGAGUUGUAUGUUACAGAG